GUUUAAUAGACAAACCGGGCAUAACCAUGGGAUUCGGUUUUGCUUCGAAUGGGUUUUCGGGUUUUCCUGUACGAUUUGGACCCCUCUCCUGUCUGUCUGUCUGCUACUGUACAAAUGGUACGCAACUUUCACGUUGUUCUCUCUCAACCAAUGUGUGGUGGUUCUCCCUCGUUCACGUUUCGUGGGCCUCAACCCAAUUACUAGCAUCUCCCACUGUAUCCAGUGAUGGAUUUGAUGUGGAUCUCGUCGUUGUAUUAUACUGAGAAGUGUAAUCUGGUAUAAGGGUUGGCGUUCCAGUUUAGAUUUUCUUUAUCAGUGUCGCUUAUGCUUUCUCAAUUGUGAUGUAUUGUAAGAGGGGGCUCAGAACAAGAAGAUAAUCAGCAAAAGGGAUCAUCAUCACGCCAGAAACUCCAGGCGAUUCAACUCCUCCAACUCUUUUAUAAUGAUUGUUCAGGUAGCUGUUGCACUAACAGCGGGCCUUCUGGGUUGGGCAUAUCUGGCGAUAAAGCCGCCCCCUCCUAAAAUCUGUGGAUCGCCAGGUGGUCCUCCUGUUACAUCACCAAGAAUACAGCUUAGUGAUGGGAGGCAUUUGGCCUACAAAGAGAAAGGUGUUCCCAAGGAAGAGGCUCAGUAUAAGAUUAUUGCUGUACAUGGCUAUGAUAGCUCCAAGGACUUGGAUUUACCUGUUUCUCAGGAACUUAUAGAGGAGCUACGAAUAUAUUUCCUUUUUUUCGACCGAGCAGGCUAUGGGGAGAGUGAUCCAUUUCCAGAACGGUCUGUCAAGAGUGAAGCACUUGAUAUUCAAGAACUAGCUGACAAGUUACAUAUUGGAUCUAAAUUCUAUGUGAUUGGAUUCUCCUUGGGAGCAUUGUCUGUUUGGAGUUGCCUGAAAUACAUUCCGCACAGGUUGGCAGGAGCUACCUUAGUAGUUCCAUUUGUCCACUACUGGUGGCGUGGUAUUCCUGCCAAUAUAUCAAGAGAAGCCUUCAAUACGCUGCUUGGGCAAGACCAGUGGACAUUCCGGAUCGCGCAUUAUGCCCCUUGGCUGUUUAACUGGUGGAUGACUCAAAAAUGGUUCCCUUCUCUAAGUAUGAUGGCAGGGAACAUGGCUGUUUUCUGCGAUCCAGAUUUAGAAAUCUUGAAAGAGUUAUCAAAGAAACCCAGUGUUGGUCAGGAAAAGAUACGACAACAGGGCAUUUAUGAAUCUCUGUUUCGAGACAUUGUGGUUGCGUAUGGAAACUGGGAAUUUGGUCCCUUGGAUUUGACUAAUCCUUUCCCUGAAAAUGAGGGUUCAGUCCACAUUUGGCAAGGAUACGAUGACAAGAUUAUUCCGCGUCAGUUAAAUCGUUAUAUUUCAGAAAAGCUUCCCUGGAUCCACUAUCACGAGGUUCGUGAUGCUGGGCAUUUGAUGAUCUUCAAUCCCAAAACAUGUGAAAUCGUUUUUAGGGAAUUUUUGCUUGGAUAAGAUCCAGAGACUGAAUCGAGCAUUAUCGUGUAGAGGGUUUCUAAAUAACGUGUUUUAUACCCCCCAUGGCGUCACUUUUUCACUUACUUUUUCCAUAUUUGACAGUUUAAAUGAGUGUAUUAGUUGAUAUAAAGGCAAUCGGCGAGUUUAUUUCGCUUGGGCAUAUCAUAAUGAAGUUUUAUUCUCUGAUGUCGAUAAAA